AUUUUCCUAUCAAAAGCAAAACCAAACCAAACCCAUUUCUCUCUUUAUAGCACCUUCCUUCAACAUCUCAAAACAUAGAUAGAAUAACAAUGGCAGCAACCAUAGCCAUGGCCAUGCUCAAUGCCAAGUGUCUGAACAUCAACUCACCCAAAAUCACCAUCCCUGCAAAACCAACCACAAAACCCACCUCCCUCCUUUCCAUUCAAAACCUCCCAAAAGGUCUAGCCAUCUCAAAACCAAUUCAAACAUUACCAGCCACAACCGCCAUUGCAGGAGCUAUCUUUUCAACUUUGAGCUCAUCUGAUCCCGCCUUCGCUGCCCAACAGAUAGCUGUCAUAGCUGAAGGAGACAAUCGUGGUCUUGCUCUUUUGCUGCCUCUCAUACCAGCCAUAGCCUGGGUCCUUUUCAACAUCUUGCAACCUGCGCUUAACCAGCUCAACCGCAUGCGCAGCACCAAGGGAGUCAUCGUUGGGCUCGGCCUAGGUGGAUUGGCUGCUUCAGGAUUCGUGUCAGCCCCACAGGUCUCGGCUGCCAGUGAGAUCGCCAUGUUGGCUGAUGCAUCAAGCAGUGACAACAGGGGUACACUGUUGUUGUUUGUUGUGGCUCCUGCAAUUCUUUGGGUGCUCUACAAUAUUUUACAACCGGCUCUGAACCAGAUCAAUAGAAUGAGGUCUUGAAAGGGAUUGGAUUUUGUUAAUUUGGGGUGCCAUGUUGAAAAGUUGGCCUGUAUAUUUGCACCUUCUGUUAAUGAAUGGCUUCUAAUUAUUUUGGACAACUUUCUUCUCUUCUACAACAAAAGUGUAAUUGAGUGUUCCAUACAAUUAUCUGAUCUGAUGUACAUCGUUUUAAGUAUAACUCAAAUGAUUUAUAGCGAUUUCUCA